AUGCAGGCUAUCAUGGACUACCACUCAGGACUCACUUAGAAAGAGAGGGGUGGAGCCUAUGCCGAGACUGACUUAAUAGCCCUGGAGAUUUCCCUCACGGAGGUGUGGGGUAAGCUGCGUCCUGUGCUGCUCGGGGUGCGUUCCCAUGAGUGUCGGGUACAUGGCACACCCCUUGCUCUGCUGGAGUCCUGGGCACAGAGGAAGGCAGAGUACCUUCUGCAGACCAUGUGUCACCGAGCUCACUGCAGCCUGAUGGCCAGGAGAACCGUGGUGGUGAUUGGAAAGGGAGGAGCAGACAACGAGAGAGUGUGGCUCAUGGCAAAAAAAUACGGCAUUAAGAUCAUUUUGGUGAGCUGGGAGCCUGUGGCCCCGAGCAAUGUGUGGAGAUUCCUGCAGUACGACUUCAGGGACCACCGGCAAGACGCACUGCAUGCCGCUAAUAUAGUACAGAUGCUGCAGGAGCAGAGCUUCUCUGCUGAUGGCUGCCUUGCAUUCCUGUGCAGCUGCACCAUUUUGGCUGCCAGCGUGUGUGCAGAACUUGGCCUGCCUAGCAGCCCGCUCUUGGCAGUGGCCGUGGCCGUGGCCAAGAGGAAGAGCAGCACCCAGAAACACUUGGGCACCAUGCAAAAAGCGCUGGGCCACCUGCCAGCCCCGUCGCUGUAUGCCUCUGCCUGCGCCCAGGUGAACAGUGCCGAAGGGGUGCUGCAGGCAGCUGGGCUUCCCAUCCGUGUUGAAGUUGGAGUACAGUGCGGCCAGCAACAGUAUGCGCCUCGUAGAGAACCCUGAGCAGUGCUAUGAGUACCUGCAGAGUUUGAGCAAGCUGUCGCCGCACGACAACGGCAUUGACAAGGGCUUCGGCACUGAAUCAAUGCUCAUGGAGUAUGUGGGAGGGACGAAGUAUGUCACAGAUGUAGUCAUGUUCCGUGGCAAACUGCUGGCCGCCUUUGUGUCUGAAAGUGGCCCGUUCCACCCGCCCUAUUUCUGCAACACCUCCCACAUCAUGCCAGCAGGUCUUUCUCCGGAAAAGCAGGCCCAGCUGCGGACAGCAGCCUACCAGAGCUGCCGCCACUGUGGUCUUGUGCAUGGCAUCUUCAACGUGGACAUGAAGAUGACUGAGAGGGGGCCCAAAGUCAUUGAGAUCAACCCGAGGUCAGGAGGGUUCUAUUUACCUGCCUGGACCAAAGCUGUGUACGGUGUGGACAUCAUCAUGGUGGCCUUCUUCUUGUGCUGUGACAUCCAACCCCAUUUGUGGACCCCCGAACCCAGAGGCUACUGCGUUGGCAUCUCGACUCCUGAGGCUGUGGAGAGCUCAACGACCUUCACGCACCUCCUCAGGAGCCUGCAGGAGAAGAACCUCAUCUGGCUACUAAUGAUUUCAGAGAUGGAGGACAGAGUGACCCUCCACCUGUCCAGCUUUAGCCCUAGCAAGGAGGAGGCAGUCCAGCGACUACUGCUGAUCUCACAGGCUCUCGGCCUCAACACAGAGCAGCACCCAUUCAGGCACUUCCUGGAGCCCCUCAUGUGA